AUGGUAACAAAGCGCGACGGUACCAAAGUCACCACAAAAAAGGCUGUUUGGUGGGACGGAGAUCGAUUAUGGCGUAAAACUCGCAGCAAAACAUCGGCUCCACUCUGUUAUGGUGCUGAUCCGAACCGUAAUUGGGAUUAUGAUUGGUGUGAAAGAGGUGCUUCGUCUGAUCCUUGUUCAGACACUUUCUGUGGCGAAAAAGCAUUUUCUGAAAUUGAAACAGCUCAAGUAGCUAAAUUCAUCGCUAAUCAACAGGGUACACUUGUGCACUAUAUCAAUUUUCAUUCGUACUCACAAUUGUGGAUGUCACCAUGGUCUUAUACAACUCUUAGACCACUACAAUUCGAAUUACAAGAUGAUGGAUCUAUCCAAGCUAUCAAUGCACUCACCGCUGUGCAUGGCACUCAGUAUCAGCAUGACACUAUUGCUCAAAUUAUCUACGCUACAUCGGGUAGUACAGUCGAUUGGACCUAUGGCAUAGCCAAUGUGACAUUUAGCUAUGGUGUCGAACUUCGUGAUACUGGUAAAUAUGGGUUUUUACUUCCCGAAAAUCAAAUCAUUCCAAGUGGUGAAGAAACAUUGGCUGGUCUAGUAGCCUUACUUCAGUACAUCGAAAAACAAGUGUAUGCUUGA